AUGGAUUUAUUAAGUUAUGUUCAUUUUAUUGUAUUUUCAGCAAUAUUUGCAUUGUUUAUAAUGUAUUUAUUGUUUUUAUCAUCAAUUUCAUUUGGGUUUAUAGUCAGUAAAUUAUUAUCUGCAUUCGUAAUGCCAAAGGAUACAUUUAUUCGAAUUAAUUCAUUUCAAAUUUCGAUUAUUUCGGGUAGGAUUGUAUUUAAAGGUGUGAAGGUGGCUACAAAGAAUACAUGCAUACGAGUAGUUGAGGGUGCUAUAACAUUUAGAUAUUGGUUACGUAAAACUAGGGAAUCUCAACAUAUUCACACUGACUCUCCAAGUCGUAUUGGUAUCGAAUUAUCUGGUUUAGAAUAUUUGGUUUAUAAUAAUAGUUAUAGAUAUGAUACGAUCGAAGAAAUUUUAAAAAAGAAAUCAAAUCACAAUCGCGAUAGUAACCAAAAUAAUGGUAAUAAUAACAACAACAAUAGUAAUAUUAAUUUAAAUGAUAUUUUAAAUGGUAAUAGUAAUGCAAGCUCAGCAAAUGAUUUAAAUGAUAUCAUUAAUAAUGACCUACCAAAUUUACAGAAACAAAAACAACAACAACAACAACAGCAACAGCAACAACAACAGCAACAGGAUGCAAGUGGUGCCGAUGAAAAGAAAGAAGAUUUACCACCUUUACCAUCUGUAAAAGACUUUGUUUUACCCAGAUUUUAUAGAAUGUUUUCGACAAUUGCAAUUACGAUAAGAAAGGGCUGUAUGAUGUUAAGUAAUCCAGAACUACCAACUAUUUUGGUUAUUACUUUUGAUAAAAGUACUGGUCUAUAUACAACUGACAGUGCUAGUUUAGUUGAUUAUGAUUAUUAUAGACAGGUUGCAAAUAUGGAUUUGGUAAAUAUUAAAAUGAAUUUAAUGAAUAAUAAAGAUUAUAAUGGUGAGUCGGAAUUAUAUGUAGAUAGACCCCAAAAAGAAGAUUUUGUAACAUAUGCAUUUGAAAGUUUUAAAUCAGUUUAUAAAGAUAUUAAAUUUACAUUUAUAAAUACAGACGAAAAUUUUGAAACUAGCGAUUUACCAAGAAGAAAAUUAGAUGAUGAAAAUAAUAAUAAAAUACCAUUAUAUGAUUAUGGUAAAAGUACAGAAAUUUUAAACUCAGUAUUGGUCCAUCUUAGUUAUUAUUGUGAUGUUCCAGGGCCAGUUCAAAAUAUACCAGAGCAUUUGGUUUACAGAGAGUUAGUAGCUCCUCAGUGGGGAGCAGAAAUUAAUUUUAAUUCUAGUACUAUUGUAUAUGGCCCAUGGGCUGAUAGAAAUAGAGCAUUAAUUCAAAAAUUCUUUAUGCCAAUGGACUACGAAACAAGGAAAAUUUAUAAACCAAUUGUUGGCCAAGCAAGACAGUAUGCAAGUUUCAAAACUGUUAUAAACUUUUCGAAAAAUACAACUUUUAGAAUACCAUUCAGAGAGUUAUCUAAAGACGUUCAUUCAUCACGUGAGGAGAUUGCACAAAAAAAACCAGGUUAUGUUGAUGUAAGAAUGGACGAAAUGUCAACAAUUACAUGUGUUUCACCAAUGUUGGUUUACAAAACCUCUGGUAUUAGUAUUAUGGAUAUUAGCAUUCAAUUAAAUAAGUGCAGUGUAUCAACUAGUUUAACCAACACAACUUUUCUUCAAUGCAGUUAUUUGAAAUUCAUAUUUCAAGUGAAUUAUCCAAUGGUUUGGAAUCAUUUGACCGAAUGGAACGCUGACUUUGAUAUAGGUCAACCACAGAUUUUUCUUUUAUCUGAUGUUUUAACUUUAUUCAAAGAUUUAGGUAAUGAUUGGUCCGCUGGCGAACCUGUCGAUAUUACAAUGUUUGUCCCAAAGAAUUUUAAAUUUAACUUUGUUCUUUCAAAUUUCAGUAUCUUUUGUAACGUCAACGAGCAAAAUAUUGUCAAUAUUCCAAAUAAUUUAGAAGAGAAUGCUCAUUAUAUUUUUACUGGUCCAUUAUUAAAGGCAAACUUGGUAUUACCAUUUAACAGUUUCCAACCAGUUAAAACCGAAAUAUUAUUCGAUGUCUAUGUUAAACGUCUAUCUCUAAAACUAAUACUACCAGUUUACAAUACAAUUCGACAACACUUAGAAGAUAUUGAAAUUGAAUCAAAAGAUGAUGACCAAUUAAAUAGUGAUUCCAUUUUAACACCACCACCACAACCAAAUAGUACAUUUUCACAAACCAAUAGCCAAACACCAAAUAUUAAUCAACAAAAUCAUUAUUAUUAUUAUCAUCAUCCAAAUUACACUAAUCAUGACAGUAGCCAGUUUAUAUUUUGUGAAGAUUUUACAUUAAAUGGUAAAUAUCUUUAUUAUCAAAAGGUUGAUCCAUCAUACAUCAACUCUGUUGUUUUAAAUAUUGUAGGUCAAAAUCCUACAGUCAAAUUAUUUGGUUUCUAUGUUCGUUAUUUCUUAUUUUUAAAGAAUAACUUUUUCGGUUAUACAAGUCACAUUAUAAAUUUACAAAAAUAUAAAGAUAAUAUUAAUCGUGAAAAAGAAAUGGAAAAAGAAGGUGGUAUGCAAAAUGACAAUCAAAAGAAUAAAUCAUCACAACAGCAAGAGCCAGAUAGUAACGACACAGAGAUUUAUGUAUCAGUACAUUUACAAGAUGCUACUUUGUUUUUACCAAUGGGUUUAUAUAGCUCCAAACAACAAGCUACUCUAGGUCUACAUGAAUUUCUUUUAGAAAUCCGUUAUUUACCAACUUAUUUAGAUUUAUAUGCCGAUUUUAGUCCAAUGGUAUUAAAAAUUCCUUUAACAGAGUCUGAAGUACUUAGCGAGGCCAACAAUGCCAGUGCUGGUGAUCUUUUAAAUCGUUACAUUCAAAUUAAUGAUUUUACAUUCAAGCUUCACUUUCUUUAUGGUCCAAAACCCACUGUUGCAAAUUAUGCUGAUUUUGUAAACGUUCAUAUUGGUGCCAUUACUGGUAAUGUUUUAAUUUCUCAAAUCACAGGUCUAGGUAUUUGGUUAGAGAAUUUCUUUUUCCAUUUAAAUAAUAAGGAUAAUGCUCUUUCAACUAAAUUGGUAUCAAAGACAAGUCCAGUUUAUUCAUUAUUAAAAUUAACUGUAAAUACAAUCUCACUUUACAUUUAUUCAAGUGAGCAUAUCACCGAAAUCCGUUUGCCAUUGGGUUUAAAGAUGCAUUCAAAUUCUUUGAUUGAUCAAUUAUCACACAGUAAAAUGGUAAUUGAAAUUCCAGAAAUUUCAUUCAAACACUUGGUACCUUUAUCUAAAGCAAAUUCAUCUGGUCAACCAAUAUCAAUUAAUAUUAAUAAUGGUAAAAAUGGUGCAAAUAAUCAAGCUUCAUCUAAAAAGAACAGAAAAUGGGCAGAAGUUGGGGACUUGAAAAUCGCUUGUAAUAUUUCUUUAUAUAGUAAGGAGCCAAAUUGGAGAAUCGAUUCCGAAAAGCAGCGUCAAUUCUUAAUUACCCAUGACAGUGAAAGUAAAUUUUUAGCAUUCUUGUGGGAAGAUGAAGAAUCAUUCGAAGAGUUAUAUAGACAAACUAUAUUUGAACAAGAGCAAUUAAUCAAACGUCACGAUUUAAUUAAUAACAGAGUGCUUGGUUUUGGUGGUGUUUUAAAUACCAAUAAAAGAGAUAUUAUAUCCUCAUCAGAAUAUAAAGAGUCUUAUUCAUUUUCACCAAUUCAAAUGGGAAAUAUCAAUGGUAGUAAUAGUGGUACACCAAUAUCUGCAUCCAAAAGUAAUAGUUUCCUGUAUCCAAUUGGUAGCUCUAAUCAUAUAUUAAAGUGGACUACCAAUACAUCCCCAAUGAAUGCUUAUGAUUUAUUUGCUGCUUCAACUGCUCAAAUGAAAAAUUCAAAAUCAAAUUUAGAUAUUAGUUCGUAUCUCAAUGCUCAACAUACAGAAUCAGUUUAUUCAGACGACGAAGACGAAGAUGACUAUGAUGACGACGAAGAUGAUGAUGAUGAAUACCAAACACCAGAAACUUCACUCCAUACAGGCAAAAAUACUGACGACGAAGAGGAAUAUAGCGAUCCAGAAUUGAUGAUGUCAUCUAGGGAUGAUAGAUUAUUUGUUACAGCAAAAACAUCACAAUUUUUAUCCCCAAUUAAUGUUAGUAUGGGUUCACCAAGUGCAGUAGCCAAUGAUGUCGCUCAACAAUCACCUCAAUCAUCAACAUUAUCCUCAUCACAACAAUUAAAUUAUAAUCCUCUUAAGGUUUCAUCUAGUACAAAUAAUUUAAAGAAUAUAUUAAAGAAUAAAAAUAUAAUCGAUAAUGAUUCACCAGUUUUAGUCGAUUCACCAAAAAGUGAUAAUUUAAGGGGUAGUGGUGGUUUUUCAAGUUACAAUAGUUCAAUCAAUCCACAUAUUGUAUAUCUUAGAAACUACUUACGUACAUAUUUCUUUAAUCUAUCACAAGCUAGAAUGGCAGCAUUCGGUUCAACUAGUAAGCAAUCAUCAUUUGUCGAAUGCACACCCAAAAGACAAUUCCCUACCCAACCAGCAACACCAAAUCUACAAAAAUCGUCCGCAAGCAAUUUAAGAGGUGUUUAUCAAAACCAAAAUGGAGAUAAUCCACAUGAGUCAAUUCAUUCAUUAUCCAAUAAUUUUGAAUCAUCUUACAUUCAAUAUUUAACAAAAGAUAUCAACUCAUCAGAAAUACCAAUUAUCCCAAAGAGAUCAAGAACAAAGAGAUUAGUGACAUCCAAUCCAUCAAUACCAAUUCCAGAACAUCAUUACGAAUCAUUUGAAAAUAAUGAUAGUAACGAAUUUCCACAUGAUCAUUUAAAUGAACACAGCUCAUGCAAAGAUCACUAUUGUCUAUAUGGUCAAGAUACUUCGAUUACCACCAUUUUUAUCGAUAGUAUGAAGGAUAUUGAGUUAUUUGCUACACCAGUUAUUGUUAAUAUUUUGGAAGAGUUGGUAGAAUCAUUUAUUGCUAAGGAUCCAUCCAUCGAUUACAUGCUCGAUUAUUUCCAACUUAGAACCAUUUCAGAGCAAUUUAAAGUAAAGAAAUUCCUGCAUAAUCAAAUUAGAUUAAAUUUAUUCAUUCACAAAUUUAAUUUAAAUUGGAUUCAAUCAAUUAUUAUUGCACCAAAAGAUUUAAUUCAAAAGCAACAAAAACAAAAACAGCAACAAUCACCUAUUGGUAGAGCUAGAAGUAAUAGUGGCGGUAAAAGCAAAAAAAAUAACGUAGAAUUGUAUACUACAGAAAUUCAAGUUGAAUCCAUUACAAUUCAAUUAAGCUCCUGUACCAAACAAAUGAAUCAAAACAGUAUUUCUAAUAAUAUUGAUGAUAUUAGAUUAUCAAGUAGUAGUAUAAAUCAAAAAAGUUUAUUACCAAAAGAUGAAUUUUGCCAUUUCCAAACUAAAUGUAAAAUUAAAUCAAUUCAUGGCUGUAUUAGAUACCAUAAUGAUAUAGUUGAACAAGCAUCACAAUUUAAACCAUCUGCAAAUACAACCACAACCUCAACUACCACCAAUACCACAACACAAACAAAUGACAAUUCAUCAAGUGAAAUUAAUUAUUAUUCAAUUCCAAAUAAUAUUUUAUCAAAAUAUCACAAUAAAUCAUUUAAUAAUCAAAUUAUAAUUGCAUCAGUCUCAACAGAUGGUAUUAAAAUUGAAGGUGUUAUUAUGGACGAAGAAAAUAUGAAAUUAAAUUGCUCAACAAACUCAACUAAUGUAAAUUCAAAACCAAGUGGUGAUUUUAAAUUGGAUUUAGGAAUGGUUUCAAUUUAUUUUACCCCAAAUUCACCAGCUAUUCUCUUUAGAGUAGUUGAUACUUGGAUUGUACAUGUAUCAUCUUUAGUUUCCGUAUUUGGUAGAUAUAAAGAGCUAUGGUCAAGACGUAUGCAGGUUUUAAUAGCAGAAUUAUUAAAAGCAAAAUCAAGAUCAUUAACAAACUUUUCACCUUCUAAUGCAAUCUAUAGUGGCGGUAGUAAUCCAAAUAAUGUCGCAACUAGCACAUUUAGCAGCGGUGGAAGUACUAUUAGUCACAAGAAUAAAUUACUAGACUUCUUAUCACCAGAUUUCAAAGAGAUUAUUGGUGAUGAAGCUAUUAUCCAUAGAACAGGUUGGGAAGAUAUUUCAAAAAUGAGACAUUUUAUGCGAUUCACAGAACGUCCUUCAAUUGAUCAAACUGUGGGUUCCAUUUCCUUAGAGCAAGAUCACGAUUCAUAUUUCUUUUUCCAAGAGUUAAUUAAUGAAAUUUAUGAAACAGAUCAAGGUGGUGAAUUAAUUCAAUUAUUCCAAUCACCAUUAAUUAAGAAAUUGUUUAUUGAGGAGCCUGGUUCAUCUUCAAGUUUAAAUGCAAAUUUACAAUUUGAAUUUCAAGGUUUUCAAGUUACUGUUGUUAAUAAUAAUGAAAAAAUGAAUUCAUUACAUCAACAACAUCACCAACAUCACCAUAAUAAUAAUAAUAAUAAUACACCCUCAAAUACAAAACCAAAUAUACCAAAAUCUAAACAAACUUCUUCAACACCAAAUAAUAGUAAUGAUACUUCAACAGCAAAUAGCAAUAGUAACAAUAAUAAUUCAUCAAAUAAUAUUAAUCAAUUAGCAAUAAGUAAAGUUGUUGGUGGUGCUAUGGCAAGUUAUAAUUUCGAAUCAAAUUUUGAAAGUUUACCAGCAACUAUAAAAAGCACAACACCAAAAUCAUCAUUGGAUAUUGAUUUCUUUUCAUCUUGUAAACAAGUAUCAUUAAGAAUUUCACCAGAUUUAAUUUCAUUUAUUCAAAAUACAAUCAAGGUUGUUGAAAUAUCUCAAGUUGAUGUAUUACAAGGGGAGGAGUUAAUUCUUGGUUCUCAUGAUCCUUGGAAGGAAGCUGUUAAACCAUCCCACAGUAGAGAGUUUAAUAGCUACAGUUCACAAAUGAAGCAAUCAAGUCUUUCAUUAAAAAAGAAUCCACCCGAUUUAUCAGUUAUUGGUGAAGAUAUCGAAGAGCAAAUAGUCGGUGACGAACCAAAUAUGAUACCAAUGGUUAAUUUACAUGAUAAAGAAUCGUCAUCAUCAUUAAAGCCACCUCUAUCUCCAGGUCAUUCCAAACGUGAAACCUCACCAAAUUUAUCAUCAGUCGCUAAAAAUGCUAAACUUUUAUUAUCACAGCAACAAAUGGAAAAAUUAAUUUUAGAGGAACAAAAUAAAUCACAACCACCAACCCAACCACAUUUGCAACCACAAGAGUUUAAUCCAACAGUUAGUGGUGUUUCAAAUAGCAGAAAGAAGGUAUAUUAUUCAACUUCAAGUUCACGUUCUAAACAGAAACAAUCUACUUUAACAAUUACAGCACAUGGCCAUUUCUCAUUUGAUGAGAUUCAUUGUAGAGCAUUCUCCUCUGGUAAUGGUACACUUAGAAUGGUUUUAAAGAAUCUCUCAUUUGUAUUUAAUGAGUUUGGUGCUUCUCAACCUCAAGAUGGAUCACGUCCAAAUGGUGAUUAUAUUCAUAUGAUUCAUUCUUGUAUUUUCUCAAUUCCAAGCAUCGAGUUACAUUUAUUAGAUCACAAUGAUAAUCUUGAAUUGGUUAAACCAAUUUUUGGUCUCAGUGUUAAGGAUUUAUGCUUCAACGAAGUUUUAUUCAAAAUUGGUAAAAAGAAAACUAGAACAAUUUUAUCAACUGGUAAACGUGAAGAGUAUAUCGAUUUCUCUUUAAAAUACGACUUGUUUUUAAGUUUUGCUCAAGCCAUAUUACCAUUUAAAAUGUCUCAUCAAUUUUUACCAAAAUUAAGAGGGUUCCUUAAAGAAUGGACCCCAGUUUCAACAGUUAAACAACAAAAGAAGGAAAAUAACGAAGCAAUUGCCCUCAGUGAUAUUAAAUUCCCACCAAUUAGAUUAAAACUCGAUCUUCACGAUAUUAUGAUUAGUACAGAUGCUAUUUCAUAUUUACCAGUUAAAUAUAAUAUCUCAAGAAUUACAGCUUCAUUUAGUCAAUUCUCUCACAAUGAUUUGGAAUUUAAUGUUCAAUUACAUCAACAUCAAAUAGCAUUUGUUAAACCAUUGUCAUCAUCAACCUCAACAGCUAAAAGUGAUACAAGUAACAGUAACAGUAAUAGUAAUAAGGACAAUAUUGCAUUAACUAAAGAGCCAUUUAAUUUCCCUAAAAUUAAAGCAUUUGGUUCAAUUAAGAAUAAACCAAGUAAAGAUAGAAUCGAUUUAAUGGCAAAUCUCGAAAUUGGUUAUAUUCAAAAUAUUCUUUCAAUUGAUUUACUUCAAAAUAUUUUAGUAUUAAGAGCCACUCUUUCCAAAGAGAUCGAUGAACUUUUAAAUGCUUAUAUUUCAUAUGCCGAAAAGAAAUCUUCAAAUACAACCACCGAUGACCCACAACAACCAAAUACUUCUAUAAACAAGCCACCAUCCAUAUUAUCGAAAAUCAAAUAUAACUGUAGUUUGGUUUUAUUAGGUUUUGAAUUAUUGUUUACAAAUAAUAGUGCAUCGUUAUUAUUCUCCUCUGGUAUUAUAGAUUUAAGAGUCAUUUACCAUCAACAACAGCAGGAGAAACAGGCUUUAUCUCCACACUUACCACCAAUUGGCAGGAAUAAAACAAUGAUUGGAAAUUCAAAACGUACAAUUCAUUCAUUGGCAAGUGUAGCACAACAGCAGCAAUUACAAAAGAGAGAACAAAAACCAACCUCUGAAACUUUAACUUGGAAAGUAGGUUUUAGGGAUUUAUCAAUGAUUCUAUCUGAUCAAACUUUAACUAUCGAUACUACCAAUACUUUUAAUAAUCGUAGAAAUCAUGGCUUCUCUAGAAUUCAAAAUUUAAAAUCACAAAUUUGGGCAGGUAUUAUUACUGAUAUCAGUAUUCAAAGUUAUCCAUUCAAUAGUUUCCAUCUUACUAAAUUUGGUGGUAAUAAUAGUAAAGCAUCAUCAUUUAAUUUGGUCUCAACCAAUCGUUCAAAUAUUUUUGAAAAGGCAUGGGUAUUAAUAAGUAAAACUAUUGUUACACUUCAACCAUGGGCAAUUGAUAAGGCAACAGAUCUUUGGAUUUACUAUUUCAACUCAUACCAAAAGACAACAUCAAAAUUAGCAAAAAUAUCAUUCACUCAAAGAAAACAACAAGUACAAAGAGCUUUAAAUACUAUUCCAUCAACUAUUCCAAUUAAAGAAACAAAUUUAUCAAUACAUAUUAAAAUUAUUGAUACAAAUAUAUGUAUUCCACUAUUAUUAACCGAUAAUAACAAUAGUUUAGAUAAAAAUUGUUCUGCUAUGGUAAUUUCCCUUGGUACUUUCUCAUUAUAUGGCGUCGCUAUUAAAAAUCAACAUGAUUUGAAGAAACUAUCAUUUAACCAAUAUCAGAAGCAACCUUUAGACCAACCUCCAGAGGACGAUAAAUUAGUAAAGGUUUUAGGAAACUGUAAAUUCUCUAAAUUUUCAUUCCAAUUCGUAGAUAAUUACCAUCCAUCAAAAUUAAACUCAAUUCAGUUAUUACCAAGUAUUAAUCGUGGUAUCAUUGACUCUGGUGAUUGUCAAAUGACUGGUCUUUUCUCUUCGCACAAUGUUAAAUUAUUUGUAAACUUAAAUACCACUGGUUUAUUCUUACAUCUGGAUACAAAUUUAAUGUAUUAUAUUGUUCAAUUCCAAGAUUUAUUAUUUUUAGGUCAAGAAAAAAUUAAAAAAAUUAAUUUAGAAGAACAAGAAAAACAAUUAAAAGAUGGCCAAUCAUCACCACCAAAUAUUAAUAAAGGAAUUAAUAAUAAUAGUAAUAAUAAUAAUAGCAAGAAACCAACAUCAAAAUCAAAUCAACCCCAGGCUCCAGAGUAUAAAUUAGAAAUUGACUUUACAUUAAAAACUUCAGUUGGUGAAGCUACUUUAACUAAAACCACUCCCAUUGAUGACAGCGGAUCCAAUAAUGAUAAUCCACCAUCGCUAUACUCUAGUUUCGAUAAUCCUUUAGCCUCUCCAUUUACCAAUAGUAUAAAUCAAAAGAAUCAUAUCGAUGAACAAUUCCAAGAGUGUUUCCAAUUACCACAAAUUUCCAUUUCAGCAAACCAUAUUUUAAUUCCCAGAUCAAAUAAUCAACAAUCACAACAACCACAACAACCACAACAAAAGCCACAGCAACCUAACAACAAUACUGGUAGUAUUAGUGGUAAAUCAAAAUCUGAAACAAAUAUCCUUUUAACAUUAGAGUCAUAUACCAUUAAAUUAACUCCAUUCUUUAGUAACUUUUUAUCUGAUACAAUAAAGAAUACACCAGAAUCAUCAAUGUCGCAUCAAUAUAGUCAAAUGGCAAAUAAUUCAAAAUCAACAACAUCUUUAAAUAGCUCGAAUAGUAAUAGUAAUAACGAUACACAGGAUAUUAAAACCAUACCAGGCUCAACAACAUUUACAGUUCGUAUAAACCCAACCAAGUUUAUAUUAAAUGGUUUUGAAUCAACAUUAGCAAUUUUAGAGAUUGGCACAUUGGAUAUUUAUCUUUCUAAUAUUAUAAAGAAUACUGCAGGUUCAAAAGGUCGUGUUCUUUUGAUGAAUGGUACCCUUUAUCUUAGUAGUUUAUUGUUUAAGAUUGUUCAUUCAUCAAUUCAGGAUGAAAGAUUAGGUAUUGUUAUUAGAAGUGUUAAAGGAAAUGUUGGUAUUGCCCAUGGUAUUUCAAGUAGCCCACUAGUUUCAAUUUUGUUAAAUGCUGAUAAUUCCCAUGGGUAUUUCAAUGUUAAAUAUUUGGAUGAAAUCUUACAAUUUAUAAAUCAAUGGAUACCAGAAGAAAGAAAAGAUGAUAAACCUAUUAUCAAUGUUUCACCAAUUCCAAAUCGUUUAAAUAGUGUUAAUCAAGAAGAAAAAUUAAAACAAGAGUCUUUAGCUUCAAGUAAAAUGAAAUCACAAUUCUAUGUUAAUGUUAAAUUAGGUUCAUUUGGUUUAGAUUUAGAUUUCUUACCAGUCAGUAGAUUCAAUCUUUUAAUUCAAAAUAUUGGUGGAAUUUUAUCACCAACAUCGGAAUUGGAAGAAUAUCAAAAUAAUCUUCAAAAGCUUUAUUCUCAUUUAAAUAAAAAUGAAAUGGUAGAUCUUUACUUUUUAACAUGCUAUACUGGACCAAUAUCAAUUUCAGGUCAUGGUAAACUAGAGGGCUAUUUAGAAUUGGAGGGUAUUAUCAUAUGUGGCGAAAGAAAACUUUAUCAAAUGGUCAAUUAUGUCAAUAUGUGGACAUUCCAAAUGUCACCAACCAAAAUCUCAUUUGAUUUUAAUCAAUCAGAAAUUCUAGAUCUUCAAAGUGGAGAAUUUUCAAUUAGAUUCUCUGAUUUACCAAUUGAAAAUUCAAAUGAAAGAAGUAUAAAUUGUGAAAUCUCUUACUCUCAAUUACAAUUAUUAUUAUCUUGCGAAACUAUUACUUCAGUUUUGGAUAUUAUCAAAAGAAUCAAUGAAAUUAUUUCCGAUAAAAUAAAAUCAGCAAAAUAUAAUAUCAUCCAUUCGAAUGUCAACAAUAACUUAUUUAAAAAUUCAAAUAAAAAAUCUGCAACUCUUAAUGUCAAAUCAGAAAAUAAUAAUAAUAAUAAUAAUAAGAAAACUAAAACAAUUGGUCAAAUUAAAGUUAAAGGUUCAGAUUUUAAGACUUUGUUAUUUGGUUAUAGUUUUAAAGAUCCAACAUGGUUUAGUUUUAGUUUAGAGUCUUAUCAAAUAGUAUUAGAUCAGUCCAGAAAGAAGAAAGAUGAAAUUCAUAGACAAAUAUCUAUCUUAUUAGGUCAAAGUUUUAUUUCUAAAAUGACUGAAAAUCUUUCGCAACAAUCACCAAGAGCCAAUGUUAGAGAAUGGGAAUUAAGAGAUCACUUUAAUAGAAAUGCUUUAGAAACCAAAAUUAUAAAAAUUCCAGUUUCAAGUUUAAUUAUGGACUCUACCGAAAGAACUAAUUCAGCUGUAGAGUAUUACUUUUUAACAGAAUUCACCGACUCGAUUGCAGUCAGUGUUAAUUUAGGUUUAUAUGCAGAUUUAAAGGAUAUGGUUCAAAUUUAUAUUAAAGUUUUAUCUGAUACUUCAAUUACUUCUGGUAAUAGCAAUAAUAACUCACCACCUAAUACGCCACCAUUAUUAAGCCAAUCACAAAUUAUUCAUUCACCAAAGAGUCAGCAACAACAACAACAAAAUCAACAACAAAAUCAACAACAACAACAAAUCUCACCUCUAUCAAAGAGUUUCCAAGCUGGUAACCCAUUGCCUAAUGAUGAUCACCAACACCAUUUCGACGAUAGCAGUAGUCACGUUUCAAGCUCCACUAUUUCAAGAUACGGACCAAACAUCAAAACUAGAAAAGAUCCAAAGACUGGUCGUAUUUUUGUCGAAAAGAAAUUCCAAUUAUCCCCCACAAUUAAUGUAUUGGGUGAGUUUACUCCCAAAAUUACUACUGUUUUUGGCUGGUUAGAUAUCAAAGAUAUCAACUAUACCAUUCCAUUUUAUGUUCAUACCGGCUUAACCGAUAAUUUAGAAUCAGUUUUAGAUCAAUUCUUAUCAUUUUCAAAUUCUUUAAAUCAAAAUAAUUUAGAAACUAUUCAGCAACACCAACAACAAAUUAAUCAAAAUAAAAACAAAAAUAAAUAG